UUCAGGAAGCAUCUACAAACAGCUACAGAAACGAGCAAGAGUUGGUGCUCUCUCCUGUGAAGGAGUACGGCAAAAACAGCACCAUGUUGCCGACGACCUCGCCGAACAGCAACGGCGCCCUCAAUUCCAGGGACGCUGCACGCCACACAGCGGGCGCCAAGCGCUACAAGUACCUGCGGCGGCUGCUCCACUUCAGACAGAUGGACUUUGAAUUCGCCCUGUGGCAGAUGCUUUACUUGUUUACGUCGCCGCAGAGAGUCUACCGCAACUUCCACUACAGGAAACAGACCAAGGAUCAGUGGGCCAGGGACGAUCCUGCUUUUUUGGUCCUGCUCAGCAUUUGGCUAUGUGUGUCAACAAUAGGCUUUGGUCUUGUGCUGGAGAUGGGAGUCGUGGAGACUCUGAAGCUGCUGCUGUGGGUGGUCUUUGUUGAUUGUAUAGGAGUCGGUCUGCUCAUAUCAACCUUGAUGUGGGUGAUCACCAACAAGUACCUACUAAAACAUCCCAGCAGAAACUUUGACGUUGAGUGGGGCUACGCAUUCGAUGUUCACCUCAAUGCUUUCUACCCGCUUCUAGUCAUCCUGCACUUCCUGCAGCUUUUCUUCAUCAACCAUAUUGUGGUGAUAAAUUCAGGAUGGUUCCUGGGAUACUUUGUCGGGAACACUUUGUGGCUGAUCGCCAUCGGUUAUUAUCUUUACAUCACCUUCUUGGGCUACAAUGCUCUACCCUUCCUGAAGAACACCGUGGUGCUGCUCUAUCCCUUCGCUCUGCUCGGCCUCAUCUACAUCCUGUCCAUCACGCUCGGUUGGAACUUUACUCAGGGCCUCUGCUGGUUUUACAAGCACAGAGUGGAGUAGAAGCAGUUUGCCGCCGAGGUUGGACACUAACUGGCUCUGGGCCGACUCCAAAAUCUAUUUUAAAAUCACAUCUACGUGACAAUGAAUCCAUUUCCAGCUGCUGUCAGUCAACAUCUGGUUGAGAGGGAUCUCUGGUUGACUCUCAGUGAACUGGGACUCGGGGUUGAUUGAUGCUGAGCCGCUCGCUCGGCUCGGCUCUCACUUGAUUUUCUGUUCAGCUCUGACGUUGAGCUGGAGCUCCAAAGUCAGUGAUGUGUUUGGACUAGUUGCAGAAACAACGGGACGGAUGACACGCAGCUUUUAUCGGUGUUCUUUUUGUAUGAUUUGUAAAUAGUACUCUGGCAGGUUGUAAUAUAUACCCAGAGGGUUGUUUCUGAAGAGGAUGCUUUGUUUCUUUGAGUUUUCUUUAAAAAAAGACUGAAAAAAUCAAAUCCUGCUUAUUGAUGAGAAAAAAUUAAAUUGGAGGAAUGUAGGAUGCAAACUUGUUUUUUUCCCCAUUUUCUUUUUUUUCUUAAAGUGUACAUUCCAAAGCACUUUCAAUAAAAGGUUUUAUUAACUUAAA